AUGGCAGGAGGAAUCUUCACCAACUUGGACAAUUUCUGUAAUGUGGAUUGCAGUAAUGUCCACCCUCUGGUGUGUCACCUGUGCCACGAGCAGUACCAGUCCCCAUGCUUGCUGGAAUGCUACCACAUCUUCUGUGCCCGCUGUCUACGUGGCCGGACCAUUGACAGUCGUCUCAGCUGCCCCCUCUGUGGUUAUCCCUCCAUAAUAAAAGGGAACAGCUCCCUCCCACCAGAGGACCGCCUGCUUAGGUUCCUGGUCGACAACAAUGCGGACGCUGAGGAGACAGUGCAGUGCGCCAACUGUGACCAGGAAAGUAAUAAAAAGGACACCGGGGUGAUGUACUACUGUAACACUUGCAGCCAGCCGCUAUGCAGCGCCUGCAGGGAGUUGACUCACAAGGCCAGAAUGUUUUCCCACCAUGAGAUUGUGUCCCUGGCCAAACGCAGCAAAGCCAAACACAGGAAGUGCUCUCUCCACGAGGAGCCCUACAUCCUGUUCUCAACAGAGAACAAGUCUAUGCUUUGCAUCAAGUGCUUCAGAGACAUGCAAGUGGAGAGUCGCACUCACUGCAUUGAUAUUGAAACAGCUUACGUGCAGGGGUGUGAGAUGCUGGACCAGGCUGUGCUGGUGGUGAAGGAGCUGCAGACGUCAGCACGAGAGGCGAUCGUUCUGCUGAGAGCGAUGAUAGGAGAAGUGUGUCUGAAUGUGGAGGAAGAGGAGAGCGCAAUCUGUACUCUGUUCAACAGCCUGCAGGAAAAACUAGCAGAGAGGAAGAAGAUUCUGCUGAAAGCUGCUCAGAGUCAACACGAGGAGAAAGAGAAAGCACUGAAGGAGCAGCUCUCACACCUUACUGCCCUCCUACCAACCCUCCAGGUUCACCUCGUCACCUGCUCGGCCUUCCUCAGCUCAGCCAACAAGUUUGAGUUUUUGGACAUGGGCUACCAACUCAUGGAGAGGCUGAAGAGGAUCGUAAAGCUCCCUCAUCGACUGAGACCAGCGCAGAGCAGCAAAAUCAACACAGACUACAGGAGUGAGUUUGCUCGCUGUCUGGAGCCCUUGCUGCUGCUGGGUCAGCGCUGCCCUCCUUCUGUUGCCGGAUCUACAGGUGUCGCAACAAGGCACCAGUCCCCUCUCUCCGUGUCCUGCCGCUCCCCGUCUCUCAGCGAGAUGCCCCUGGGCUCGGUGUUCGGGCGAAGGCCCACUUGUCACCGCAACAUCUGCACCAAGGUCCUCCUGGCUGAGGGGACGGAGACGCCCUUCACCGAGCACUGCCGCAACUAUGAGAACACCUACAGGACUUUCCAGACGGAGAUUCAGAAUCUGAAGGACCAGGUCCAGGAGCUGCACCGAGAUCUGACCAAGCACCACACCACCAUCAACACAGAUAAAAUGGGAGAGAUCCUGGACAGAUCGCUGCACAUUGACAGCCAGAUAGCAGCGCAGUACUCCACUGUGGAAACUAUGAGAGUCAUGUUUGAAGAGAUCUGGGAUGAGACUUUUCAGAGGGUCACUAACGAGCAGGAGAUCUAUGAAGCCCAGCUUCAUGACCUCAUGCAGCUGAAGCAGGAGAACUCCUACUUGACCACCAUCGCCAGGCAGAUCAGCCCCUACAUCCUGUCCAUCGCCAAAGUCAGAGAGAGGCUGGAGCCCAGGCUUCAGGAGCAUAAAGAGCACCAUGACGACCGCACAGAGACGAUGCUGAAAAUCUACGAAGACAGCACGAUCGCUAAAGACGGUCCAGACAGCAACAACCAGACCUGCGUCACAGACCAAGAGAGAGACAAGAGCGGCCGCCCGCUGAUCCUCGACUCGGGGGAGAGCUCCGUCAAGAACAGUCGUCCGGGCAGGCAGAGGGUUCCCACGGAGACGUCCAGCCACAACGAGAUGCCUUCAUAAUCACCAUGUCAUUCGAUUUCUGUCGCCCUCUCCCCGUCCCGCUCCUGCACAGCGACGUGCAUUAAUUCAACCAUAACAGGCCGGGGACGGCAGUUGACUUCAACUGCCGUCCAGAAACUGGACGUAACAUUUUCUCAGCAGCCGACGGCUCCGAGGCGAGACACUCAGACACCGAGCGGACGUACGGACACGAGGUCAAAGACUCACUGCUGUCAGCCGCCUUGUUCAAAAUGGAUAAAGAUAAGAAGCCGCACACUGCUGCAGUGAGGAAGCAGAGUGAAAUAUAUCUGAGUCUUGGAUUGCCUUGUGUUGUUCUGUCUGUGCUUUGGCUGUUAAAAUGAUAAGUAUGCUGAGAGUGUGAAUUAUCGCUCUGUCU